CCCUUACCGCAUCACGCGCCAAUCAGAAGUGUCCGUGAUAUUCGUGGCAGACCAUUAUACGAUGCGCCCAAAAACACAUGACUCCCCCAGGACUCCCCCAGGACUCUGCAAGUAAGCCAUUGCUUGGGUCAAGAGAUCCGCCGUCACCCCUUCCUGAAAUUAUGGACAUCGACCUGCCAUGUGACUCUGUGUUGCUGUGAGGUGUAAGUAAGGCACAGUCGGAAAUUCACUGGACGGAUGUGUGUGCUAGUCUAUGUCAAGACUUGUCACGGCCUACUACCCAUGUACAACUGACGAGCACGUCUUUGUUGUAGUUUUAUAUAAGAAGGCUCUCUCCCUCCGUUCAACUUCUUUAUAGGUUCCCUUGGAACAACAACGAGAACUUACCAGGCCAUCUCCUCACUAUACCGGCAAUGCCUCGACGAACUGCCAACAUGUCACUCAUUUUCAUAUUACUUCACUGCCUCAGCUUUAUCUCCCUUGGUUUAGCUAGGCCUCUCCACCCUGCUCAUCCCCUUCACGAAACGAGGGCAGUAGGGCCUAGGGGCGAGCUAAGGGAAGCCUUCAGAUGGAGGUCGAUCAGGAACAAACUUCACCUCACGUACCGAGACACCACGGUAGCUUUUAACGAGAUCGGUGCUUCCUUCUCUCUUGGCGAUAGGGAAAGCCGGCUGUCCCCCGGAGGGACAUACCCUCGCCUUACUAGGCUCGCGGACAGCGGCAUCCUCUCGGCAUCAGCUUACAGCGCCAAUGGCGUACGAACUAUUAGAGUUGCCAGGAGCGAUGACAACGGCGCCACAUUCAACGUAAUCGGCAGUAUCGCCCAGGGCCCCGGGGACUUGGAUAACGCAUUUCUGAUUCAACUUCCGUCCGGAACUGUCCUUGCAGCCUUCCGUAACCACGACAAGGAUGCUAAAGGUCACUUUACGUAUUUCCGUAUCACCGUCUGUAAAAGUAAUGACGGCGGUCGCACGUGGGUUUUCUUGGCUCAUGCCGCCCAACAACCCGCUAACGCAUCGGGCUACAACGGACUAUGGGAGCCCUUCAUCCGGAUCGGAAAGGACGGCGCGCUCCAGCUGACUUACUCCGGCGAGCUAAGUCAGACCAACCAGGAGACAUUCCGCACUCUGUCGUACGAUCACGGAGCGACAUGGUCUACGCCGGUUAACCUGAGGUUACACAGCUCGGAUCAGCAAUUCCGAGACGGUAUGCAGGGAAUUGCUUCUAUCAAAGACGCCAAUGGCCAAGAUGCUCUAGUAAUGGUUUUCGAAGUCAAGGACGGCCCGAACUUCCACCUCGCAACCGUGCUUUCGUACGACGACGGUAACACAUGGAGCAAGCGAAACGUCAUCUACCGACCUAAUAAGCACAACGCCGGGGCGCCGCAGAUCGCUACUCUUGGGAAAGGUCUUGCUGUGGUCUUCAUGACCGACGAGGACCUGCCUGCCGACAAGCUGGAUUGGGCUAACAAGGCCGAUAUCAAGAUGAUCUUUUCUUCGGAGCUUAACAACGGUAACCUCAAGUGGACCAGCCAGACACUCCACAUCUCGGAGGACAGCUCAUACUGGCCAGGUACCUUCCAGAGAGGAGCCAACAACAUCAUGGCUGUCUACGAGCGCGGAGGUGUUCCUUACGGAAGAAUCAUCACGAGGGUUUAAAAACCUCAGGAAUAACAUUUACUAAAUAACAUUCACUAGACUGGAAACGCAUUGCUUGGAAAUUUUGGGGGUUUAAUAGGGUUUCAUUUAUUGGAGUUAUGGUCAUCGUUCACGAUAUCCCUUACCAUCACGGUUACUGCAGAUAUCAUGGGGGUAUUGCGAAAACGCUUUAGGCUUGAACACAUUUGCGACAGCAUACACUAUGGCGGUGGUAUCGAGACAACGGCUUUGGAAACAGGGCUAGCCGAACUAACGAGGACACGCAUUGUAUAUACCUUUAAACAUGCAUUAAACAGAAUUGAGCAUAUAUUGUUAGAAGUGGAAAAUCCUCGCAUGGUUGUUAGAGUUAUUGAUUCGAUAGGUUUACGAACUAGCGUAGUUCAUUAUUAACACAGAAACAAUCCUUAGCAAAGCCUUGCUUGACGGGUUGAUAGAUCCGCAAAUAAUUGUGUUGGCGGGG